AGUCUGUAACGCGACGUUCGGCCAUCGAUCUCCCGUCCUCCGUGUCCGCGUAUAUACUUCAACCCGUUCUCUCGUCCUCGUCCGGCAAACAAGUAAACAAACCUUCGCGCUAACAUCAGCCGAAGCUACAGAGGCUGUCCUCUGUCUCUCGACAAAAAAGAAUCGCGUUCUAAAGAAAAAAAAAUAAUAAUAACUCGUCGCGAGAAUGGCGGAGAUCGACGCGAAAGUGAACAUGUCUCUCGAUGACAUCAUAAAAAUGGACAAGAAGAAGAAGGCAGCUAAUGCAAAAUCUAAACGCGGAAUGUCAGUUAGAGGAAGAGGUUCCACAAGAGGUAAUAUGCGUGGCAAUGCCCGUGGCAAUACACGUGGUAACUCUCGAGGACGUGGCAACAUGAGAGGAAACCAGAGAGGCAAUAUGAGAGGUAGAAGCAGUAGCAUGAGCAGACGUGGUCAAUGGCAAAGAUACCCGCAGAACAACUUGCGUGGUGGAUAUAUCAAGAAAAGAUACAACAACAGCAAUGUCAAGUCUAAUCUCACAAGAUCUAGAAGCAAUAUGUCUUUGAAUCGCUUGAAUCUGAAUGGUAGCCCUAGAAGCUCUAGAGGUGGAUAUGCCUCGCGCAGAGGUGGCAGGGGGCUCACUCGCAGUAGAAGCCGCACAAACCUGUCUUUUAAUAACAAGCCUUCCUUCAUGGCUAACAAAAAUAAGGGUUACCUGAAGAGAACUACAAGUAUGCCCGAUCUGCGAGACCCCUCCUCUGUUUACAACAGACUGGGAUAUCAGAACCCAGCUCAAAUUGCUUACAGAAGCAGAGUUAAGCGAGCAAAAAAUGUCUUGCUCCAAAGACAGACCAAGGCUAUGAGAAUGCAGAAUGCUUUAUCGCUAUCACCAGUGAGCUACAAAAAUAUGUCACCUCUAAAACCAACAAUCAACUCAAGACAGUACAACAGUAGUGGCUUUCGUUCAGAUCAGAUGAUGCGAAUGCAAAGAAGAUCACAGUAUGAACAAAAACUUAUGAGAAUGAGGUACAACAAUAGACAUAACACGCGCUCACGCUCAGCUAAUCCAGCAAGUAUGAACUUCAUCAACUCCAUAAAUGCCGCCUACAACUCCAACCGACAUCCCGCAAUGUCUCUCUACGAUUCCGGAACCGACAGCCCCAUCGUGGUACCCCAGCGUAAACUCCAGAGAGGAAGAUCACCCUUCAGACAAAGCUUACAAAGCUUGAAAGCAGCAUCAAAAGCUGCAAGCCGUUCAGCGAGUUACUCGCGACAACCGCAGAGACGUUCCAGAUCUAGGUCCCGCUCGAGGCCGCGCAACACCCGCAACAGCGUAAUCAGUCUGACAGAUGCAGCAGAUCUCGAGGACAGGUCUUUCAGUGAGGUCAUGUACAGUCUGUCCAACGGCUUCGGUGUCACCGGGCGAACCCUCAACGAUCGUUUCAGUCUUUUCUAGGUUCAAGAGUUAUUCUAGACGACUAUUUCAUUCAAAACGCAGGACUGGGACGAUUCGAUUUUGAUUUGAUUCAAUCUUCAUUAAGUAAAUUUAUGACGCGUGAAUCGUAAAGUACAAGCUGCUGCUUUUUUAGUUAUCAGUUUUUACCGAGGAAGAUAUUUUUUUUGUAAAUAUAGUACUUUAGUUCAAAGCGUACGCUUAAUUAUUUAGCAUCACGCGGUUUAGUUCAUUUGAGAACGCGUUGCAAUCCCAGUCCUGGUAAAGAAAGAACAAAAAAGCAUCGUGUGAAGAACGUUUCUUGAUGCUUUCUUGAUACACACUUUCUAUUUUUUUUAACUUUUUUUUAAACUAUAGUUAUUUUUACAACUUUAAGAACCAAAAUUGAGAGAUGUAAAGAAGGAAAUCAAGGAGAAUAUCACGAAUGUAUAGAGUAUAAGCAAUUAUUCAACACUCUUUGGCUCGAGUGCGCGUGCAGCUUACGAGUAUAUAAUUACUAUAUAUUAUGAUUCUAAUAAUGCUAGCAAGUGAGGAAACUUUCAGCGUUUAAUAUUGAUUAAAGUGUAGUCCAUUUAUAACGAUAACUUGUGAUAUUUAUUUCCAUAAAGAUUUCAAUAAAUAUCACCAUUGUACUUUUUACGGUUAUAAUACAAUAGAUGCUCUUGUUUUACAACACGUAGAUGAAUCUUAGCUUUUUUCCUUUUUUCCGUAUGAGCUUGAGUAUUGUUUGCAAGAAUUUUGUAUACCAAGAGGACGAAAGAGAGAAUAAGGAGAGUGACAGCGUUCAAUUAAUUAUAAUUACUAUACAAGUAUUUAAGGAAAAUACAACAAAGAAAAAAAAGAAGAAUAAAGUAUAAUCAAAACCCGCAAAAA